AUGGUGAAAAUACCAGUGAAAUUCAAUAGGGUGGCGGCAGUUUUCGCUGAGGGGGCUAAGAUUAGGACACAUGAUGAGAGCAGCGGCAGCGAGCACUCGGAGUCGGUGGAUUUGUCUGAUCUUGUGAAUUUGUUUAUAGAGAGAGAAAUUACCGGAAAGAGAGAAAGUGAAGAAGAUGUUAAAGAGAAAGAUGAUAAUGAGAUUGAAUUGCAAAGAAAUUCUCCCAACUCUGAGCUGAAAGAUUCGUUGAAAAAAUUAUUGGGCUGUGAAAAUGAUGGUGUAAAAAGAAGAAUUCACGCAGAGGUAGAAAAGGCUUACAAGGAACUCGGUGAUUACAGCUCGUCGGAAUUGAAACGCCGGUUAAUGGCUCGGUUGCGCGAUAGAGGGUUUAAUGCCGGUCUUUGCAAAUCAAAGUGGGAGAAAAAAGGUGGCUGCAUACCUGGGGAUUACGAGUACAUUGAUGUAAAUGUUGGUGCGACUCGCUACGCAAUUGAAGUUUUUCUAGCAGAAGAAUUCAAAAUAGCCCGUCCAACAGACUUCUACGCCUCCUUACUCCAACUUUUUCUUCCCAUUUUUGUUGGCAAAAUGGAUGAACUGAACCAAAUUGUCAGGUUGAUGUGCAGUGCCAUUAAGAAAUCCAUGAAACGCGUGAAAAUUCACGUGCCGCCAUGGCGCCGUCUUGCCUACAUGCAAGCCAAGUGGUUUGGUUCUUACAAACGAACAAUCAAUGAAAUUCCUGUCCGAAAUGGAUACAGUUCCAGUGAAUAUUUAUCGCAAAAGAGAACGGUUGGGUUCGUACCUGUUCUGGUGCGGUUGCCGGAGAUUUCUUUCUAUUGCAGAGAGGAUUUUGCUCGCCAGGGCGGUACUGGCGCAAGACUAGGCAACUUGGCUUCAGCUUUGAAGGACAGUGGAGUGCUACUCGAACGGUGA